AUGAAAUAUUUUGUCCACUUGAUGCAGCAUAUUCCAUACGCGGUUGAACUGUUUGGACCGCUACAUAUACUAUCGUGCUACGGACCGGAACACAAUAUUGGCAAGAUUUCUCGACGCGUCCUCGCAAUGAAUAACACCGCUAAGCAUAUCAUGAACAACUCUAAUAUGUUAACCACCUGCGCUCUCAAAUUAAAUGAAGCACGGAAUAACAGCACAGGCAUUAGUGCGACGCAUCAUGCGGUUUCCGCCGUACUCGGACUGUCAAGAGAAGCCGAAUUUUUGCCGGAAGCUGGAGUAUCCGGCGCCCGCUGCACUUUUAUCGGCAAGGCCACUCCCCUGCCAGUUCAUCAUACGGUUUAUCGCCUACUGCAAGGACGUUUACAUCGCUCAGCGCCGCAAAUGUUUACAUUCCAACGUUGUAAAGUGGAGAAUGGUAUUUUUGUCCGAACAAGAGAAAGAAACGAAGGUUAUUUGCGGAACGAGUGCAUAGUGUGUACGGAUGACGGAAUUGUUAUCGCAGUGGAUCACGUGAUUGCUGUUGUAGACGACCGCUGCGUGAUCAUAACCGAUUCAUUCGUAUCCGGUCAUUUGUUAUUACGUAAUGAUAAUUACGGUCCUGUAGCCGGCACACGGGAAGCGAAAAUUGACCACAUUUUCCCAGCCACGUUGGAUGAACAAUCAGAUCUAGUGCUUUUCGAGACGAAGUCCAUCAGUAAACAGAUGGUAUUGCUACGCCCACCUAAAGAUGGAAUGUACAUAGUUAGCCCGCCAUCGAAUCAGUUUAGAUUAUCGUGAUUAGGAUAUGCGCAGUCUGAAAUUUAGAAAUUAAUACUGUGCAUCGUCUGCUACAUCAAGCGCGCUUAACGGCAAUGUUUUGUUAUCUUCGGUAAUUACGCUAAUUAGUAUUCUGCUCAAGAAUUGCCGAUAUCCGACAUUAUUUUCUUGUGGGUAACUUUUUUUGU